AUGGCUCAAGAUUUUGUCAGACAAUUUCAGUACAAUGUCAACAUUAUGCCAGAUCGCAAUACACUCUCUAAUAUGAGAAAAAAGCCAAAUGAAAGCUUCAGAGAGUAUGCUAUCAAAUGGAGGGAACAAGCAGCCCGGGUCAAACCACCUUUAGAUGAGCAAGAAUUGGUUGAUAUCUUCAUAGAAGCUCAAGAUCCUGACUAUUUCCACCACCUGACAGCCACAAUGGGAAGACCGUUUCACACAACAAUCAAAAUUGGAGAAAUAGUUAAAAGUGGUCUAAAAACAGGAAGGAUCGUGAGCCAGGCAGCAAUCAAAGCUACCACACAGGCCAUUCAAGGUGGUUCAGACAGUUUUGGAAAUCGUAAAAGAAAAGAGGAAGUUUCUUCGCUAGCAUCAGGGUCAAGAGGUUUCCAAGCCAAUGAAAGAUGUGAGUAUCAUUCAGGGGCCCCAAGACACAUCACUGAUAAUUGUUGGACCUUGAAGGGGGCAAUAGAGAAGCUAAUUGAUCAUGGAGUGGUCGUUGUAACAUAUGAUCAAAACACUCCCAAUGUGACUAAUAACCCACUUCCAGCUCAAAACAAUUUAGUGGGUAUGAUCUGCGAUGAUCAAGAGUACAAACUCCUUGGCAAAAUGGGAAAGUUGUUUAGGAAGAUCGGAGAGGAAAACAAGUCGAUAAAAAGUUUAGAACCAGUUGCAUCUUUGAGUGUGGAAGGUGUCAACCUUGAUACCAAAGACCAAAAUUGCUUGGCAAAGUUGAAAGGACCUAUCUUUGUUAAGCCCAUCCAACAGCUUCCGGUAAUUGAUUCAAAGGUUGUCCCUUGGAACUAUAACAAAAUCGUUGUGGUUUACCGAGGAAAGGAGAAUGUUGAAGAGGUUGAUGAAGCAGGAGGGCUAACACGCUCUGGAAGAUGUUAUUCUCCAGAGGAAUUAAGAAAAGGGAAGAUGACUCAAAACAUCCAAGUACCACUGAAGAAAGCAGUUACAGAGGAAGAAGCAGAAGAGUUUCUAAAAAAGAUUAAGGUUCCAGAUUACUCUGUUGUGGAACAAUUGAAGAAAACCCCGGCACAAAUUUCAUUGUUGUCUCUACUCUUGCACUCAGAAGAACAGCGUCGUGUGUUGAAUAAGAUUUUGAAUGAAGCACAUGUAUCAAAGGAGACCACGGUAAAUCAGUUAGAGAAAAUGGCCAAGCGCAUCUUUGAGUCAAACACCAUCACUUUCACUGAUGAUGAGUUGCCCACAGAGGGAGCUGGACACAACAGAGCUUUGCUUCUUACAGUGAAAUGUGAAGCGUACUAUGUAAAGAGGGUCAUGGUAGAUGGAGGAUCGGGGGUAGACAUAUGUCCUCUCUCUACGCUGCAAAACUUGAAAAUUAGCCUUGACAGAAUUCGCCCCAGCAAUGUAUUUGUUCGAGCUUAUGACGGCUCAAGGCGGGAUACCAUUGGUGAAAUAAAGUUAAACAUGACAAUUGGACCGGUGGACUUUAUGAUUGUGUUCCAAGUAAUGGACAUGGACACAUCUUAUAAUUUUCUAUUGGGAAGGCCAUGGAUCCACACGGCUCGGGCAGUCCCAUCAACUCUGCAUCAAGUUGUUAAGUUUGAACACAACCAUCAGGAAAUCAUUGUGCAUGGGGAAGAUGAUUUGCCUAUUUACAAAGAUCCCUCCAUUCCAUACAUUGAGGCAAAAGAAGGAUGUGAUUCCAUUGUUUACCAGUCUUUUGAGGCCGUAUCAGUCGAUCGCUUUAGAGAAGGAGACCCCAUUAUCCAACCAUGUCUCUCUUCUUCCUCUUCAAUGGUAGCAACGACAAUGCUCAAAUAUGGUUAUCAACCUGGUAAAGGUUUGAGACUAUGUUCACAAGGAAUUGUGGAUCUCAUUACUCUUUUAGGGAACCAAGGCACCUCUAGCCUUGGAUACAAACAAAGCAAGAGAAAUGGAAAUGAGACUAAGAACCACAAAAGGACUGAUUGGGCAUUGCCACAACUAAUUCCCCAUAUUUAUCAUUCCUUUAUCAAGCCUCAAGGUCCAGAAAUGGAAGCUUCCUUUACUCAUGAAGACAUUGAAGAAGUUAUUCAGGAUCUCAGUCAGUUGUUUUGUGAAGUAAACAUGGUCCAAGUUGGUGAAGGUACAAGUCAUGCCGAUGUGCAGCUCGUGGGCUCAGGUUUUGAGUUAAACAAUUGGGAAGCCACUCAUUUCCCCAUAAGGAAGGAGUCUUGUUCUGUAAAUGUCGGCUUUGAUAACAUGACAUGCAUGCGGAAUAUACUCCCAGAUCUCAAAGAGUUGUUUAUUCUUGAAUCCCCGAGUCGAGAGGUUGAAUAUGAUGAAGAAGAGGCUUUUAGGGAAAUUAAUAGGGAAUUGGAACAAUUUGAGCACAAACCUAAGCCUAAUCUUAGUGAAACUGAGGCCAUCAAUUUGGGAAGUAAUGAGGAAGUCAAAGAAAUAAAAAUAAGUCUUCAUGUCAAGAAGGAAAUCAGGGAUGCCAUAAUACAACUUUUGUUUGAAUACAAAGAUGUGUUUGCUUGGUCCUAUGAUGACAUGCUAGGUUUGAGUGUUGAUUUAGUGGUCCAUAAGUUGCCCACUCAUCCUGAUUUUCCACCUGUCCAACAAAAAAGAAGAAAAUUCAAACCGGACGUGAGUGAAAAAAUCAAGGAAGAAAUCAUGAAACAACUAAAUGCAAAUAUGAUCCAAACCAUUUGUUACACUACUCGGUUGGCAAAUGUUGUUCCUGUGCCGAAAAAGGAUGGAAAGACAAGAGUUUGUGUUGACUAUCGGGAUUUGAACAAAGCUAGUCCAAAAGACAAUUUUCCUUUGCCUAAUAUCCACAUUCUGGUGGAUAAUUGUGCCAGACACGAAUUUCAAUCAUUUAUGGACUGUUAUGCGGGGUAUCAUCAAAUCUUGAUGGACGAAGAGGACGCUGAGAAAACUGUUUUCACCACUCCAUGGGGGACUUAUUGCUAUAGGGUCAUGCCAUUCGGUCUUAAAAUUGCUGGGGCAACUUACAUGAGGGCUAUGACCACCAUGUUUCAUGAUAUGAUGCAUAAAGAAAUCGAAGUAUACGUCGAUGACAUAAUCAUCAAGUCUAAAACAAAAGCUGACCAUGUGCAAGAUCUGAGAAAAUUCUUUGAAAGAGUGCGAAGAUAUGAUCUCAAGCUUAAUCCAGCGAAAUGUGCAUUUGGAGUUCCAUCUGGAAAACUUCUGGGUUUUAUUGUCAGUAGAAGAGGAAUUGAAUUAGAUCCUUCCAAAAUAAAAGUCAUUCGAGAUUUGCCACCCCCAAAAAAUAAGACCGAAGUCAUGAGUCUACUUGGGAGGUUGAACUACAUUAGCAGGUUUAUUGCUCAACUCACAACCACUUGUGAGCCCAUUUUCAGACUUUUGAAAAAGAAUGCUGCUGUCAGAUGGACGGAGGAUUGUCAACAAGCUUUUGAAAAAAUCAAGGAAUAUUUGUCCAAACCUCCCGUAUUGGUCCCGCCUGAACUUGAUAGGCCUCUCUUUCUAUAUCUUUCAGUGACAGAUAAUUCCUUUGGGUGCGUUCUCGGUCAACAUGAUUCCACAGGUAGGAAGGAGCAAUCUAUCUACUACUUGAGCAAGAAAUUCACUAGUUAUGAGGUCAAGUACACCCUCUUGGAAAGGACAUGUUGCGCCCUAACUUGGGUAGCUCAUAAGUUAAGGCAUUACCUUUUGUCCUACACAACUUACCUCAUAUCUAGGAUGGAUCCUUUGAAGUACAUCUUUCAGAAGCCAAUGCCAACUGGCAGGAUCGCGAAAUGGCAAAUCUUGCUCAUUGAAUUUGACAUUAUAUAUGUCACUCGAACUGCAAUGAAAGCUCAAGCUCUGGCAGACCACUUGGCAGAGAAUCCAGUCGAUGCGACUACGAACCACUGGAUACAUAUUUUCCAGAUGAAGAGAUUAACUCAGUUGAAGAAAUUGGGUGUGCAAGAAUUGAUUGUGUUGGGAGAUUCUGAUUUGCUUAUUAGGCAAGCUCAGGGUGAAUGGAAAACUCGAGACCUCAAGCUUCUUCCCUACAAACAAUGUGUGGAAGAUAUUAGCAAAAGGUUUAGGUCCAUCAAGUUUAGAUACAUCCCCAGAUUUCAUAAUGAAUUGGCAGAUGUCUUGGCUACUUUGGCCUCAAUGCUUCCAUAUCCUGGAAACACUUGUAUUACUCCCUUGGAGAUUCAACUUCAGGACCAACAUGGCUAUUGUAACACUGUGGAAGCAGAAUCAGAUGGUGAGCUAUGGUACCUAGAUAUCAGGAAUUUCUUGCAAACAGGGAAAUGUCCCGAACAUGCCAAUAGAAGCCAAAAAAGAACUAUUAGACGUUUGGCAAGUGGUUUCUUUUUUAGCGGGGAAAUUUUAUAUAAACGCACCCCGGAUCUGAACUUAUUGAGAUGUGUGGAUGUUGAAGAAGCCGAGAAGAUCAUGAAUGAAGUACAUGCUGGGGUAUGUGGACCACACAUGAAUGGAUAUGUCUUUGUAAAAAAGAUACUCCGAGCAGGAUAUUACUGGCUUACCAUGGAACGGGAUUGUUUUUGCUUUGUGAAAAAAUGUCAUCAAUGUCAAAUUCAUGGUGAUCUCAUUCAUUCACCUCCUUCAGAGUUGCACCCCAUGGCCGCUCCUUGGCCCUUUGUUGCAUGGGGAAUGGAUGUCAUCGGAUCAAUUGAGCCAAAAGCUUCUAAUGGACAUCGCUUCAUUUUGGUCACAAUUGAUUACUUUACUAAAUGGGUAGAGGCAAUCACUUUCAAGGCAGUCACUAAGAAGGCAGUCGUGGAUUUUGUCCAUUCAAACAUCAUUUGUCGUUUUGGUAUCCCAAGAACUAUCAUCAAGGAUAAUGCUGCGAACCUUAAUAGCAAUUUGAUGAAGGAGGUAUGUCAGCAAUUCAAAAUUGUGCAUCACAAUUCUACUCCAUACCGACCAAAGGACAACGGAGCUGUGGAGGCAGCCAAUAAGAAUAUCAAAAAGAUUCUCAGGAAAAUGGUUCAAGGCACUAGACAAUGGCAUGAGAAGCUUCAUUUUGCACUUUUAGGAUAUCGCACAACAGUGCGCACCUCGAUUGGUGCAACUCCUUAUUUGCUAGUGUAUGGAACUGAGGCUGUGAUACCAACGGAAGUUGAAAUUCCAUCUCUUCGAAUUAUUGUCGAGGCUGAAAUUGAAGAUACUGAAUGGGUCAAAACCCGACUAGAGCAGCUCACAUUAAUAGAUGAGAAGCGAUUGACAGCCGUCUGUUUUGGCCAGCUUUAUCAGCAAAGGAUGGCUCGUGCAUACAACAAAAAGGUGCACCCAAGACACUUUGAAGUAGGUCAACUGGUCUUAAAGUGCAUUCUCCCGCACCAAGAAGAGGCCAAGGGAAAGUUUGCCCCAAAUUGGCAAGGUCCAUAUCUUAUCAAGAAAGUGUUGUCCAAAGGAGCCUUACACCUUACUGAUGUGGAGGGAAAAAUCACAAGCAUAAUUGUUAAUGCGGACGCAGUCAAAAGAUACCACAUCUAA